AUGUCCACCAGUCUAUGUUUACGAGCAGCGAGAGCUUAUACCAGGAAUAGUAGGAAGCAAUCAUUGUUGUUCGCUCGCACAUUUGCAUCGACCUCCCGUCGCAAUGAAAUCAACAAAGUCUUUCCAUCGGCCUCCGAGGCUCUCAAAGACAUGAAGCCAGACAGCACAGUUUUAUGCGGAGGCUUCGGUCUCUGUGGUGUCCCAGAUACACUCAUUGAUGAGGUCGUUAGCCGACCGGAGCUCAACGGUCUUACCGCGGUUUCGAAUAAUGCUGGCACAGAUAAAUCCGGUCUCGGGAAAUUGUUGAAAACGAAGCAGAUCAAGAAAAUGAUUGCGAGUUAUAUAGGGGAGAACAAAACUUUCGAGAAGAUGUACCUAACGGGAGAAGUGGAGUUGGAGUUAACACCACAAGGAACUCUGGCAGAGAGAUGUGCUGCGGGUGGUAAAGGUAUACCUGCUUUCUACACGCCUGCCGCAUUUGGUACGGUUGUACAAACUGGUGAGCUGCCACUUCGUAACAAUCCAGAUGGCACACCAAAGGUGUUGUCCUAUCCCAAAGACGUAAAGGUAUUCCACGGCAAACCAUACCUUUUGGAAGAGAGCAUUCGAGGUGACUACGCAUUUGUGAAAGCGUGGAAAGCAGAUAAGCUUGGAAAUUGUCAAUUUCGGCUGGCAGCGAACAAUUUCAAUGGUGCUAUGGGGAGAAACGCACAAAUGACAAUUGUGGAAGCAGAGAAUAUUGUUGAGCCAGGAGACAUUCCACCGGAAGCAGUACAUCUCCCCGGAAUUUAUGUCAAGAGAGUUAUUCAGUCCACAACGCCCAAAGACAUUGAGAAAUUCACUUUCGCAAAAGAUCCAAAUGACCCAGCGGCGAAGAGUGCCCUGGGUAGCGGUGAUAUUGCUGCAAAGCGAGAGAGAAUCGUCAGGCGCGCCGCCAAAGAAUUCAAAAAUGGAAUGUACGCCAAUCUUGGCAUAGGAAUGCCCAUGCUUGCGCCGUCUUUCGUGGGUCCGGAAGUCGAGGUGCAGCUACAAUCAGAAAAUGGUAUCUUAGGAUUAGGUCCUUACCCCCAAAAAGGGUCGGAGGACCCUGAUCUCAUUAAUGCUGGCAAAGAGACCGUGACACUCAAGCCUGGUGCCGCGGUCUUCGGUAGUGAGGAGAGUUUUGGCAUGAUUCGAUCCGGACGAAUAAACUUGACUAUCUUGGGAGCUAUGCAAGGUUUUGGAGGGGCGAUGGAUUUAGUCAGCAACCCUUCAAUGACAAAGGUCGUGGUAACCAUGGAGCAUUGCGAUAAGAAAGGAAAUGCGAAGAUUGUGAAGCAGUGCGAGUUCCCUCUGACAGGAAAAGCUUGCGUUUCGAGGAUAAUUACCGAACUAGGUGUAUUUGACGUCGAUUUCACCAAAGGUCUUACUCUGAUCGAAAUUGCAGAUGGAGUAACGGUGGAAGAAAUUAAGACAAAGACAGAUGCACCCUUUACUGUAGCAGGCGAUCUAAAACCAAUGUUGUGA